AAACGUGUCUUUGUUUCAGACACAGAACAAGGCAAGGCAACAAUAAAAAUAAAAAUAAAAACAGAAGAAGAAGAAGAUGAUAAGAUUGAAUAAAUAAAUAAAACACCCCCCCACCCCCCAAAAAAAUAUCAUUACCAUUUUCACAGACAAAUCCACAGAGCUCAGAGACGGAUUCGCCGGCUAUAAUAAUGGCCGUCGAACUCUCCGGCGACGGCGCCGACCGCAUGCCGGAGCUGCUGAAGCUCGCCAACGACGUCGUCGCUGUCUCCAUUGGCGGCGGUCCCUUCAAGAAGGACUGCACGGAUCUGGUCCGUCGGAUCGCUCUGCUCACGCAUUUGUUUGAGGAGAUGAGGGACUUCAAGGGACAAUCUUCACCGUCGGAUGCGUCGGCUUCUUCUUCGAGUUCUUUUCCGAGGAGUUCUUGGCCUUCUGAUCUGAUGGUUGCUCUCCAGGCUGCGAAAUGCCUCCUCCUGGUCGCUGCGAACUUCAAUUCCAGCAAUGCACCUACUGAUGGAGCUACUAAGAAGAUCGCUUUCCAAUUCCAAUGCGUGACGUGGAAAUUGGAGAAAGCUUUGGCCAAUUUGCCAUAUGAUCAUUUUGACAUUUCCGAGGAAGUUCAAGAACAGGUUGAAUUAGUGAGAGCGCAAUUGAGAAGAGCCACAGAGAGAUACGGAUCUAUGAAUUCUAAGAAAAUGCUUUCCCAUUUAUCCCAACCAAUGGAAAAAGAAAUUCAUGUAGAAUCAGAAAAAAGGAUAAAUAAUUUGCAUUCAGAACACAGGGGUAGUAACGAUGAUAAAGUUGCAGCCAAGAUGGAUGGUGUUUUGAGAAGUGACAGCUUGGAGAGCCAUAGUGGAGAUGAAACAAGUCACAAGUCAGAAAUUCGAAGGAUCUCUUCAACUCCAGAGUUGUAUUCAACCAAUGACCCUGAUGAUGAUGACAAUAACGAGCAAGAGAACCCAAAUAAGAAGGGUCCAGUUGAAAAGAAGAAGUCUGAUGUUAUCGUGAUUCCUGAUGAUUAUCUCUGCCCUAUAUCCUUGGAACUGAUGAGAGAUCCAGUUAUUGUGUCCACCGGACAGACAUACGAGAGAUCUUACAUUCAGAGAUGGAUAGAUUGUGGAAAUAAAACAUGUCCGAAAACUCAGCAAAAGCUUGAAAAUUUGACUCUAACCCCAAACUAUGUUUUGAGAAGUCUAAUUAGUCAGUGGUGUCUUAAGCACAAUAUUGAGCAGCCAAUGGGAUUGACAAAUGGGAAAAUGAAGAGAAGUGAUGGAUCAUUCCGUGAUGUUAGUGGGGAUAUGGCAGCCAUAGAAGCUCUAGUCCACAAGUUGUCUAGCCGGUGCAUUGAGGAGCGGAGAGCUGCUGCUACUGAAAUCCGAUCACUCUCCAAAAGAAGCACAGAUAAUAGAAUAUUGAUAGCUGAAGCAGGUGCUAUACCCAUUCUGGUCAACCUUUUAACGUCAGACGACGUACUAACACAAGAGAAUGCAGUUACUUCUAUUCUCAACCUCUCCAUAUACGAGGACAACAAAGGGCUCAUAAUGCUUGCUGGUGCAAUUCCUUCUAUUGUCCAAGUUCUCAGAGCUGGAAGUAUGGAAGCAAGAGAAAAUGCGGCAGCAACCCUUUUUAGUUUGUCACUCGCAGAUGAGAACAAAAUAAUAAUUGGAGCUUCAGGUGCAAUUCCAGCUUUGGUAGAUCUGCUCCAAAAUGGGAGCACGCGAGGGAAGAAAGACGCUGCAACAGCACUGUUCAACUUGUGCAUUUAUCAGGGAAACAAGGGCCGGGCCGUAAGGGCUGGUGUGAUAACAGCAUUGCUGAGCAUUCUUACAGAUUCAGGCGAUUCCAUGGUCGACGAAGCUCUGACUAUUAUGUCAGUUCUUGCUAGCCAUCAGGAGGCAAAAGUUGCCAUAGUGAAGGCUGGCACCAUACCUGUUUUAAUAGAUCUUUUGAGGACUGGUUUGCCGCGCAACAAGGAGAAUGCAGCUGCUAUUUUGCUCGCCUUAUGCAAGAGGGACGGUGAAAACCUUGCCUGCAUAAGUAGGCUUGGUGCAGUCAUACCCUUAACGGAGCUAGCGAAGAGUGGCACUGAGAGGGGCAAACGGAAGGCUACUUCAUUGUUGGAGCAUCUUCGAAAGUUACAGCUGCUUUAACAGGUAGUACUACCGUAGAAACUUGGUAUCAUUUUUCCCCCGAUUCUAUUGUCAAUGAAAAUGUUACAGUAUUCAUUUGCUGAUGAUGUGAAACUGAGAAUACGUCAUGAGAUAACAAGGCUAAUCUCA